GAUUUCACCGGACUCAGCCUUGGACGAGUCGUUGGCGCAGGUGAAGGAGCUCAUUGCCAGGUUCACGGCCGAGUCGCAGUCCUGGGAUCGGCUCCUGCAGCAGCACCAGGAAAGCGCUGAGGAAAUGGCCAGGCAGCUGGAGGAGUGCAGGAAGAAGAAGGGGCAGGCAGAGCCCCUCCCCUACCUCCAAACCUCUCAGGCCGAGGUUCUCAGCACCAAACCCAACUACCAGCAGCUGCUGGCGGAGCAGGGGGAGGUCUGGAGCUGCAUGGAGCUGGUGCUCGGUGAGCUCCAGCAAGCGGUGAAGCUGCUGCAGGCCUUCGGCGAGGAGAGCCAGCGCUACCUCCGGGGGCUGUCGCAGCAGCUCGGUAAGAGGACUUUUCGGCAGUUGGAGAACUCCCCCGUGCGGAAGCUGCUCCGGAGGCCGCCGCUGGAGAGCUGA